AUGGUUGACCUUCUCGUGGUUGAAGCCCGUUUGAUUUGCUCAAAGUUGUAUUCGCCCCAUUGUGGCGACGAUUUCUUGUCGAUGCUCUGCGAGUGCGCGAAUCAUGUGCUGGAAAAGUUGGUCCCAAAAAUAGUGAUGGGUACCCCACUGACUGGGAGAACUUUGGGAGCAUAUGUGGAGAAUCUCGUCGAUCACAUUCACUCAAACAGUCACAAGGCUAUUUGCUCGGCCUUCGCGGCCACUUCACAACUCUUCUUUGAGAAGGCUCGCAUCGCUGGGAAUGAGACUUUUGCGAGACUCCAUGAAAUGCUUGUUCGCGAGCAUGGCCAUCGCCCGAUUCGACCCCGAGACUAUGAGGAGGCCUUGCAGAAUUUCAUUCAGCAAGCCAUUGAGGCCUAUAAAUCGAGUCAGCUUUUCGGAUCGGCUGAAGAGAAGAGCAAACAUUUUGAUGACUUCCGAAAGCUGCUCGAGGAAAGAUGCCAGGAAAAGAUCUCGAGCAACAAGGAUCGCUAUUGGGACAUUCAAAUGGCCGAGGCGGUCAAUGGAGCUUACGAAGUGUACGAGAAAGGAAUGAGGCCUGAUUUUGUCGAGAGUUUGGAGAAGAACAAGAAAGCUGAGUUUGUGAGAGACCGCCACAAGAAAGCUUUCCCCGAAGCGAUGAAGCAUUUUGAAAAUGUUGUCCAAGACUUUCUCGAUGAGCCCGAUCUGAUCGAGUACAAACGCAACUUGCUUAACGAGAUGAUUCAGGCUCGAUAUGAGGACUUGCAACAAGACAACGCCAUUCAGCACCUUCACCAACAGGUUGACGAGAUGUUCCAAGGAUUGGUGGAAGAGCAUUGGAAAGCGUUGAAAGAACAAGUCGCCACAAUCCAAGACGAGUCUCAGAUCGAAGAGGCGAUCGAUGCCUGUCAGAAUCUACUCCGGGGAAAGUACGGGAUCAAAAAGGCUGAAUUCGUUGCCGAUGUGGCGACCGCUUUGCCCAAGAUCUCGCCCGAAAUGGUUGAGCGUCUGUUAGACAACUUCAGGGAGAGUCAAUUGGCGCAAUUCAAGAAAUGCGAGGACAGCUUCGAGAUGGAGGUUCGCCACAAUUUGAAAGUCGGCGGGCUCAACAAACAAAUGGAGGAUCUCCAUUUGAAACAAGCUGAAGACAAGAAAAGAUUGGAAUCGCUUGAAGAGGAAACGAAUGCUCAAAUUGGAGAGAUGAACGAGCAAUUGGUGGAAGAGCGUCGACUCCGUGUCGAGGCCGAGAGUGGCGCUUCAAACUUACAGGGAUUAUUGGCGAUGAUGAAAGCGAUGAACGAGAAUUCACAAGUCCAAAUGGAGCAAAUGCGGCAUGAAAGGGCCGAGCGAAUCGCUCGCGAGGAAAGAGAUCGUCAAGAAAUGGAGAGACGUUACGAGACAGACAUGGAAAUGAUGAGAAUGGAUUUCCAACAAGAGUUUUCCAACAAGAGCGCGCUCGUCGCGACGAAGUUCGAGACCAGGAGAGACGCGAAGACA